AUGGAGCCUAUUAGCUUUACUCUCGCCCUCGCUGGUAUUCCGGCAAUAUUCACAUCAUGCGUGGAUUAUUACCACUAUGUUCAAGUUGGACGAGCCUUUGAACGGAAUUUUGGUAUUAUUCUGUGCAAACUGGAAGCCAGUGAGCUACGUUUAACCAGAUGGGGGAAAGCAAUGGGGAUAACGGGUCCAGAUUCUCAGCUUAGCGCCAGUCUCUACGGAGAGUAUGAGAUCAUCACAGCCUACUGUUGGCUAAAGGAAAUUCCGACAGCCUUCACCACUGCCUUCGAGCCCCCCUUUGGUUUCAAGAAGGGCUAUACGCCAGAAGAACUUUCCCUUUUGGACCAGAGUCCUGCAACUAACGCCACGAAUGAACCUUACUUCAGUUUGCACAAAACUAUGCGCGCAAUCAUCGACGGGCAGCUUUUCCCUUCAACGGCUGAUCAACAAGCACGACUUUGUCAGGAGGAGGCCCAGUCUAUGGACUCUGAUGCCUUGAGAUCGAUGGGUAAUGUCAUUGGCAGCCAAGACCAAGCUCUACAGCAUCACAUAUGCGAGGAAAUCAACAACCGGAAAAUCUUCGUGAAGUCUAUUCAAGCGAAUGAGCACUUUCAGGGCCGCGUAGGUGACAAUGUCACUUCAGUGGGCCAAGCAAGUGACAUUGAUGUGGGGUCAGUUUUUGGGUCAGGACACUCAGUGUUACACAUCGGAAGCAAUGUUGCCUCUGGUGAGCCUGCUCAACAUUGGGUGCUGGGAGUCGUUGAAGGAAUUGUUUGUUGUUGA